GUUGACUGUGUCUGUUGUGGUAAAUAUUGGGGCGUGUAAGGUAUCGUCGUUAACAAAUUCAAUAUAAUUUUUGUCACUCUUUCAAAUUUAAAAUAUCAAAGUAUUUCAAGUUUUUCAUUUGAUUUAAUAAAUGUCCGCACUACUUUUGAAGAUAUGUUUAGUUCUGUUUAUAUGCCCUUUAUCAUAUUCUUCGGAAAUAAAUUCUACGUCUAUCGUGGACACAGAAGAUUUGUUAUCAUCCAAAAUUCUUUCAAGGCGAAAGAGAUUCCUAAAUUUUCCUGAUGGGAGUUCAUUUCAAUUGGUCAUCUGUACCCAGAACCAUGGGUAUCUCCAACUGGGGAACAUUGUCUGGUUUGCAAACACAGCAGCGUUGGCAUACGAACUUCCAACAGACCCUAAUUUCUUACUGAUGUUUAAAGGCCGUGAAAAAGAUUUGAUUCAAAAUAGGAACGGGGUGUCGAAGAAUAUUUAUCUAUUGGAUGAGGAUGGAAGGGUUUUGAAGAAGCUGCCAUAUCACAAGAAGUUUAUAGUGAACCCCGCUUUUGCCAAGCGGAGCGUUAAUGAAAUGCCACAAAGUAACCGUCUUAAUGCCAAAUUAAUUAAGGACAUACACACAAAACAAGCUGUGAAUCACCUUGAAAACUUGGAUUCAUCAAGUAUUGAAUUCCAUAGAGAAGGAAGAAUGGCCUUGUACGAGAAACUAAACGGCUUUCUCACUGCGCUAGGCUACACGGGCGAGGAAUGUGUACUACGCAUGCUGUGCGAGACGGGACAGGGCAGAAAUGAGCAAGGCACGUUCUUCGAAGAAAUCAUGAGAGCUACCUUUACGUUACCAGGUAAAAAGGACUCAGAAUACGAUGUGGCUCAUACAAGAAAAGAAGAUUGUGGAAUUAUGUAUCCUGGAUGUGAAAUGACCCAUUAAAAUAAUAAGCAAUAAAAAUAA